GUGAACCCCGAAAAGAAAGAAUGGGAGGGAGAAAAUAAAAAUGAUUCUGACGGUUGUCAUUUUCCUUGCCUUUCUUUUGAACGGUUGAAGUUGAAAAUCUUCCUCCGCUGAUUUCUUCCUCUAAGGUUUUGGCCUGUUCAUUAUUUUUUAAGAUUCAAGCUAUUUGAAAUAAUGAGGAGAACUGUGAAGAAAGAGAAACAAACGGAUAAGGGUACUACAUCAGCUGAACCGGUUCGAACCAAGGUUGCUGGAGUGGCCAGGGGUGAGUCGGCGGAUCUUGAGUCGAGCCAACUGAAUCGUGAAAAUGAUGCGGAAAAUCGGAGGGUUAUUCGCUCCAGAUACCUUGCCGUGAUGACAAAAAUCAACGAUGUGAGGGAUGAAAUAUCGAGCGUGGAUUCUAAUAAAUUCAACAUAAUCAUUAAUGAAGUUGACAACUUGCAUCAACAAGUGUCAAAGCCACGUGAACAAGUAGCUGAUGCAGAGGCAUUGUUGGACUUGGCCAAUACAUUGGCAACUUCAGUUAAGUCAAUUUCUUGUGAGGGAAUCAGCCUGGCAGACUUCUUCAAUUGUUUAAUUAGAGAGUUUGGGAAAUCGAGCAGGAGCCCCGAAACACAAGAAAAUGAGCAGAUAUCGAUUGAUUGGAAAAAUAUUGGGAUGGCUGUUUCACCAUUGCUUAGAACCUGCAAAGGAAUUUGUACCAUGCUCGGACCUAUGAAUAAUUGGUUAAAGCAACGGAAGCCUGUGGUUACAAGAAAGCACAAUGUUAGACCAACUGAUACUGCUCGGCCUGAUGAGGUUGAUGAUGCUGGCGCUGAAGAGAAAGCUGACACUGACAAUAAUAUGGCUGUGAUGUUUGGAAUUUUAAGGAGAGGGAGACAAGUGAAACUUGAAAGUUUGAUCUUGAAUAGAAGUUCGUUUGCUCAGACUGUUGAGAAUUUAUUUGCCCUUUCGUUCUUAGUCAAAGAUGGGAGAGCUGAAAUAGUGGUGGGUGAAGCUGGUUCUCAUUUUGUUUCACCUAAAAAUGCCCCUGCUGCUUCAUCCGUAACAAGUGGUGAGGCUGGUUACAGCCAUUUUGUGUUCAGGUUCGAUUAUAAGGACUGGAAGGUAAUGAUGAAAAUGGUGCCACUUGGAGAGGAGUUGAUGCCUCACAGAGAAGUUUCACACUCAAUUCUUUCCGAGGCAGAACCAGCAACAAACAAUUCGGGAACAUCAACGACACCAAUCCGAAAAUUAUCUAGGAACCGAGGGUUGAUUUUGCAAGAAUCCAUCAUAGACGACUCACCUGAAAUUGAUGCUAGCAAAGGCCCUGGCAUUCGUAGGUGCAGGCGUAAGCACAAUUGACCAACUGGCUUUUCUUUUGAGAACACAUCAUGUACGAUUGUUUCGAAUGUUGUGAUGUACAUACAUAGCUGUAGCUCAUUCCUCUGCCAUGAGAGCCUGAGACAACUUUCUUUGACCUAUUUACUAACUGGAGGCAGAAUCACUUUUGGAUUCUAGAUAUGUGAAUGGAUCUCCCUGAUUA